GACAGGUGUGCAGGCAGGAAGUCUACAAAAAAAUCCAGCGGCCGUCGUUCGCUCUCAGUGUUUUGAUGCAUAGAGUGAUUAAAAAUGCAUUUGAAACAGAACGCGCACCGCCUCGGAGCUCUGCUCCUCUUCGUCUGUACCUUCACCUGCUGGUGUGACUCCUUCCUAUCUCCUCCGGAGACCCUGCGCCGCCUCCAGCCGGGCGCUGCAGCGGAGACCGGUGUGCACGCGCCUCCUCUUCCUCGCGGUGGCUUGGAGGAGACGGCGAACACCUCCUCAGGAGAACCGGGGCAGAAGCUCAAGCUGAAGCUGGUCUCCUCUGUGCGGAGCUCGUUCUUCAGGAACCGCUACAGAAGGAGGCACACCGAGGGAGAGUGGCUCUUCGCCGCGCAGACUCCCCCCACCCAGAACUGCAGCGCGGGCUUCGUCAGCCACGUGGUCCCCGGGAGGUUCUCCAUCAUGUCCGGACAGCUGGAGCAGCCCUUCCAGCAGCGGGGUUACCAGGCCGACUCUGCAGGAAAACCUCGGGGAGGCCAGGCCAGGGUCAGAGGUCAGAGGCCCGGCAGCUCAGAGGAGAGCUGGCUGAGGCUGCAGCCGGUGGUGGAGUGUGGAGAGGAGGCCAUGACCCUCACUGUCAGGAGGAGGCGGGCUGUGCAGUUAUCUCUGGACCGAGCAAACGAGUCCUCGGUGGCGUUGUUCCAGCUGCCGCCCCACUGUGGUUAUGCAGUCCAGACCAACUGGAGGGACCUCAGCCUGAUGGCCCAGUAUGAUGCCUGUCACAUGCGUCUGGAGGAAGACCGUUAUGUGCUGCCUUUGCUCUGGAAGGGAACUCCCAUCAAAGUGUCCUGUCCGGUCUCUCAGCUUAAGCUUCUGGCUGUGGGUCCCUCCUCCCUCUGCUGUUCUCCGUAUGGUAUGACCAUCAGAGUAGAGGAAAUGCUUAACGAAGAGGAGCCAAGCAUAAAUGUGAGGGGAGAGUGGACGCCUUUAGUGCUGCUGGCUGAGCAGUGCGAUUACACUCUGGACAAAGAAGAUGGAGAGAUUGUGAUUGCUGUGCCUUUCCUCACGUGUGGCAUCACAAUAAAGGAUGGGAAAUACACACUUUCUCUCCAAACGGGGCAAAGGAUCUACACGCUGGCCUGUCCCGUCUCCCCACCUGAAGGGCUUCUCUUCACCCAUCAACCACUGGCUGAUGGCCCUCCCCACUUUAGCAGGAGGGCAGCUAAACCCCUGCUGGAGUCCCUCAGGCCGAUGCCAUGGAUUCAACCUUUCUACUUGGCUCCACCCUAUUACCCCCACCCAACAUUUCACUCAAAUGCUCCCCCUUCUCCGCAAUCUGUACCCUCUGAUUUAAAUCAGGAGCACUAUCCUCACCAGAUUUUUCCUGAAGAGGCGUACGAGCCUUUCAGGAGCAACAGACCUUUUUUGUCUGGAGAUCAUAUGAGGGAUUUGACUCAGAAGCUUCCAGAUAAAAAACAAAAACCAGAAGCUCCUGUCUUUGAUUCAAACAAGCCCAGUGCACCUGCUGGGGGUUUUCCUUACCAGGUUCAGGUCCAGACCUCUGAUUCUCCAAGUCAUGACUUCAGUCCUUAUUACCAUUUCUACCAUCACCCCAAAAUACCUCUUCCUGGCUCUCAAGACACCAGUUCUGGACUGGAGUCCUCCACUAAUCCCCACGGCUUUAAAUAUCCUGUUGUCUCAGAUGUUCAGCAGUUUUCCGACACGUCGCAACAAAUUUCCCCACCUAAAGUGCCACCACAUCCUGAUACUGUCCCCAUGAAAUCUAUACCUCAUUCUCCAUACUCCUCACAUUUCCCUCACUAUUUAUUCAACUAUCCACCUACUGCAAGAGGAGAAGCCAGGAGGCUGGGUCUGCUAAAUCCUCACCUGAUCACAAAAGCAAACAUGUCUCACUUCCACACAUACUCGGCCUAUGACAAAAGCAGCAUCAAUGCUUACAUUAAGCAGGCAGGCGCAGACCAAACGGAGGCCUUCUCCAACACCAAACCAGAUCUGGAUGAGAGGCGCUCUUCAUCUGUCACUCCUGCAGCACAGCCUCCAGUGCCACACAGUUACCCUCCCAAAACAAAGCUUGGUGCUGCUCCGCCCCCUGAGCAGUCUUCUGCCCCCUCCCAAGGAUCUGUCUCCCGUCCCGACCCUUACCAGUACUUCUACCACCCCUUUUAUGGCUAUCUCAUUUAUCCCCCUGCAGCUUUGUCUGGCACGGUCGCCCACGGAUCCGCAGCAGCUCCAAAACCUUUGCAACAAUCUUCAUCCUUCUAUAGACAUCCAGCCUCUUCCUCCCCUUCCUUCCCCUUACUACUUCCUUACUAUCAUUACUACUUCAAUCAGCCUCAAGUGCCCAAAUACACCCACGAACCUCAUUCCUCCGGCAGUAAAGACUCAUCUGAAUCUCUGUUUGCUUCAAGCGACAACUAUGGUUGGAUAUUUUCUCCUGCAUCUGACGGAUUUUCCAGCGCUCCUAUGGCGCCACACAACGCCUUACAAAGAUAUUAUAUGGCUCCACGUCCAUUUGGACAGCACAGUGGAGGUCACACUAGAGAAAAAGAGUCUAAUCUAAUGAGAGAAUACCUUCUCGGAACCAAUCCAUUUUCUCCCGCUGUCCCACUUUGUGCUUUCGGACCUGUGAUGGAUCCUGACUGCACGAAUCCCCUGAGCUGCUGCUCACACACUUUUAAGGACGGCACUCCAGAGAAGUAUUUUGUCUUUGCGCUGCCUGAUUCUGUUCUGGAGCCCUCACUGCUGUCUGCUGCUGCUUCCUCUGGACACAACGCGUCCUGCUCGCUGCAGAGAUUGACCUCCGAUCUGGGUUUCUACAUCGUGCCUCUGGACGGCUGUGGAGUGAACAAGCAUAUGCUCGGUCAUACGGUGGUUCAUCUUCUGGACGUCCACGGCACGGACUCGUCCAAAGAGGGCAGGGCUGCAGAGAAAUCUCCUGUGAGGAUGACGGUGGGCUGUAGCUCCUCCCCUUUUACUGCAGGUGAAGUGAGGUUCCACCUGAUGGACGAGCCUCCUGUUCAGAACCCCCCAGCUCCUGUCACUGUGCUGCUGAGACUUGCAAAAGAUGAAUCCUUCACCAGCUUCCACCCUGAAGCCCGCCUCCCUCUGAGUCUGGUGCUGAGUCAGCCGGUUUACGCAGAGCUGAGCCUGCUGGACCCGUCAAAGCCCGGCAUGCUGCUGCUGGUUCACUCCUGUUUGGCUUACACCCUGGCUCCAUAUCUCAGCUGGAUGCUCUUAUAUGACGGUUGUCCCAAACAGGGAAUUUCGCAGCUGCUUCCUUCCCCAGACUCCCGCCACAUUAAGAGGAUGAAAAUCACAGUCUUCCCUUCUGUGGCCAUUGGAAGCUCUUCCCACUCCGCUCAGAGGAGGCUGGCUUUGUUGGAGGACCCGGAGGUUUACUUCUUAUGCACUACAGAGGUGUGUUCAGCUGCUUCAGGUGACUGCAGUGUGAGCUGCAAAACAGGUCCCAACAGUGAUCGGUGAAUAAAGACACUUUUACGCAAAUGCAUCCUGUUUUUAGUUUCUGCAAGUGUCAAAACCAGAGCAGAACAAAUAAACAAAACAAACAAAUGGAAAUAAACUUGAACCAACAAGUUUGUAUUAAAGACUGAAUAAAAACAUGUUAUGUUCAGACAGCCUUUUGAC